UGCCACUGCCACUGCCAUUGCCAUUGCCAUUGCCACUGCCACUGCCACUGCCACUGCCACAGACCCACAGCAACAUAGAUUCUAUUCGUCAAGUAUAUGAUGCAGCAUUAGUGAAAAGAGCAUUCAAAACUUGUCACCAACAUUGCAGCACUGUAUAGGUCUGAGGAUACUGAGUUCUAUAGGUGGCUAAGAAGGAGAGACUGUGAAGCACCUCUUACAAUUAUUUUUGCUGAUGCUCUAUAUGUGAGUGUACAGAGAGAAAGAGCCAAAAGAAAACUUACAGACACAACUGAGGGAAAUGGGACAGCAGUUGGAAAAUGUGCGGAGGGAAAAACAGCAGCAAGAAGAAAACUCACAAAGACAAUUGAGGAAGAUGGAACAACGUUUGGCGAGAAUGGAACAACAACUGAGAGAACAAGGAAGAAUAUUGAGCGAAAAAGAGUUUCAAGAGGGCAUCUUACAUAAACAGCUGAGAGAAAGAGACCAACAAGAAGAGAACUUACAAAGACAAUUGAGGGAGAUGGAACAGCAGUUGGCGAGAAUGGAACAACAAUUGAGAAAAAAAGAAAGGCUAUCGAGCGAAAGGGAACAGCAAUUGACAAUUUUCCAAGAAGCAUUGAGCGAAAAAGAGGUUCAAGAGGCCAUCUUACGUAAACAGCUGAGAGAAAGAGACCAACAGGAAGAGAACUCACGAAGACAAUUAAGGGAGAUACAAGAACAGCUGAGAGCGAAGGGCGACCAAGAAGCGAAUUUACAGAGACAGCUAAGGGAGAUGGAACAACAGUUGACAAACUCAGAAGGACAAUUUCGGGUAAAAGAGGAGGAAACGGCUAACUUACAGGAACAAGUGACUACCUUAGAACGGCAGCUGAGGGUAAAAGACCAGGAAGUGAAUGAAUUGGAGAUGACUCUUUUAACAGCUCAGCAAACACUUAGUGAACAUCAACGUCGACAGGCCACACCUGAUUGGGUCAUUUCUCGUCAUCAAAUUCAGUUGACAGAUAAACUACUUGGUAGGGGAGGCUGGGGAAGUGUUGUCGAGGGGAAAUAUUGUGGCUGUUCUGUUGCCGUGAAGCAAAUCCAUGAGUUGAUUCUUUCUCCACACAACCGGAGUUUAUUUGAACGAGAAAUGGACAUUGCUGCCAGAUGCCGCCAUCCUUGUUUGCUGCAGUUCAUUGGAGCAUCCAAUGACGAGGGAAGUCCUCUGUUUGUAACAGAGCUUAUGGAAUUAAGUUUACGAGCACUGUUAGAACAGAGACCUCUCUCUUCCACAGAAGUCUCCAUUAUUUCUUUGGAUGUGGCUCGUGCAUUAAACUACCUUCACCAAAAGAAACCUUCUCCAAUUAUUCACCGUGACAUCAGCAGUGCUAAUGUGUUGCUAUGGCGACAGGGUGACCAAUGGCGAGGCAAAGUGUCCGAUUAUGGUACUGCAAACUUUAUGCAGCAUACCAUGACAGUUAGCCCUGGGGCUAUGAUUUACAUUGCUCCGGAAGCACUAACUUCAAAACAAACAGUCAAGGUCGAUGUGUACAGUUUCGGCGUUCUUCUCUGUGAAAUGUGCAUCCAGGAGUUACCAGAUCCUGAAAGGCGUGUUCAACAAAUCGCAAUGAUGACAAAUCGCCUGCUUCGAGCCCUCAUACGGAGAUGUCUGCAAUCAGAUCCUAAAGCGAGACCAAAUAUGGAAGAGAUUAUUAAGGAUCUCGGAGACCCAGUUUAAUGGCAUAUCGUAGCUACAGUCAAACCAGUAUUAGGUGGACACCCUCAGGACCCUUGCUAGUGUCCGCUCAAUACAAGGCGUCUGCCAAAAACAGCCUUAAAAGGGUGAAAUACCAUCAUCUUGAGCGGUCGUUAACUCUGAAAUAACGUAUUUCCAUAAACAAGGACAACUAAGUGAGUCACAAGUUUAUGGGAUCGUUUAAGCUUUAUUAGCAGAUGUUAAGCGAUUUAAGUAUACAGUAACAGUAUCUAUAUUGAUUGAAUUAUGUGAAGGUUCACACAACCAAACAAGAAUAAAAAUUCUGUAAAAGCAAAAACGAAUAAUGAACUGUCGCAUUUCAGUGACAGCUCUUUCUCGGCAAACUAAAAUGGCCGGUCUAUAAAAACAUGAACAAAAAACGUGCGUAAAUGUGGCGAAAAAAUGGGACUUGUGCUGCUGUCUGCUAAAUAGAAGGUGUCCCCUUAAUAUGGGGUCCGCUUAAUACAGGUUUGACUUUAUGGCCAGACUACUUUCCAGUUUGAUUUUCCCUCCAGUAUUUUUCUUUUUUUUUGGCAUAAGGUUUCUUCAGCAAAUGGGACUUGUGCUGCUGCCUGCUAAUAGAAGGUGUCCGCUUAAUAUGGGGCCCGCUUAAUACAGGUUUGACUGUUUGCCAGACUACUUUCAAGUUUGAUUUUCCUUCCAGUACAGUUUUAUUUUUUGGAUUAAGGUUUCUUCAGCAACUUACACAUUGGUAUUUUUUUUUUGCCAUAACUAGUUAGUUAAAAGAAGUUUUUUUAGUUUAGUAAAUUAUUAUUAAGGAUUUUAUCAAAGAAAAUAGUUUAUCAUAUUUUUGAGCGAGAUCUUGGUAGCAUUUAGUGUAGGUAAACGUCAGCGUUUGUUUUCGUUUUGUUUUGAGAAAAAAACGAAUUAACGGACUGGAUCACAAAUUGGCUAUUUCAGUAACCAAUUGCGUUAACGGUCACGUUGUGUAAGGUGUCUCCAAGCCGGAGGGAUAUAGGCAGGGAUCAGGUCAGGAAAAUGAUUUAAGAUAUCAUGAAAGAUCAACAUAUAGUUUAAUAGCCCUGUUCACGGCAAACCUUUCUGCCAUGCAUUACAGUAUAAUCCAGCACGUAUGUAAGGAAAUUUCGGGCAAAUGAGGAAAGCUGACCAUGUAAGGACCACCAGUGUUGUCACCACAGAAUUCUGUCAAGAAAACAAUUUUUUAACAGGUUUUAACAGUUUUAAGCGAUCGUGUGAUUUCACGCUUAUAUAAAGCUGUGAAUUACAAUUUUUCAGUGACGUUUUUGAUACAUCGAUAUGUAACGUUCUUUUAUCUAUCGCAUUUCCCUAACUAAAGUUUUCCAAACCUUAUCAAGUUUACAUUCUGAUCCAGCUCCAAUCCAGCAGAAGAGAAAGAAGUUAUUUCCAGGCAUAUCUAAAUGCUAACUUAACAUAUAGGAAAUGGCUAUAUAUAGCUUGUAUGAAGGCUUGAUUAAGAAUUCAUUUUCAUUUUGUAAUAAUAAGUAAGUAAUAAGUAUUACCAAGAACCAUAAUCGGGGACGGAGACUGUAAGCGCGUGCCAUUUCUAGUAUUGGGGUUGUCC